GGAUAAAACAUUGCGCCGGAAACGCGGGAAAGAAGUUGAAGUUUGACUAACAUUGAAGUGAUGGUCCCAAAUUCCACAUUGUCACUGUGAAGUUGUGGUAAAGUGAAGUUCAACAUAUUUUCUCCACGAUGAGUGAAUUCAAGGUACACCACCACGUCAGUGAGCUGAUGAACCUCCUUGGGGUUCGUUCCACUGACUCUGUGGGAGCUGAGGUGUACACAGAGAUGCUUCUGAAGAAUACUACCCCAUACAUCACAACACAGGUUUCAGCACAUCAUGCGAAGAGGAAGAUUGCAGAGUCAACACAAACUCCUAUCGAGUUCUUUGCUAAAUAUGACGAUAUGAAGUCACGGAAUGUCCGAGAUCUGGAUGCACUUGUGUAUUUCUUUGCCAAGUUGUGUGAAGAGGACCAGACAAAAGAGUUCCUGGCGAAGAAUGCCCGAGACAAGGCGGACGCUGCAGGAAUGACCCUGUUGCCUCAUGGGAAGAUUACCUCCCAGCUGCCGGCCCCCGGAACCAAGAUGACGGAACAGGAGCUGUCGGAGAUUAAGGACAAGCUGCUGAAAGAAGCCAAGGCAGUGUCGGCAACAACAUCGUCCGAAUUCCUGAGGAAAGCUAUCCGAGAAAAGCAAAUGAAGAGAAAUGUGAACAUUCCGCUGCAGCCUGAGUGGCUGUUUCAGAGACCGUCCUUGACCUUGGACUUCAUUGUUGGAGUGGAUGGACCCACUGAUCAUAAUAUCGUGGCUCUGGGAACAUUGCCAGUUGCGCUUCAGGAACAAGCCAUUUUGGAUGAUAUCCUGUGUUGUAUGCAGGGCAUUGAGGGAAAGUAUAUCCUAGCCCGAGCCCUCACGGAGAGAUACGCUCCAAAAGAGUUCAUGAUAGACCAGAGUCUAGAUCCGUCCCUGCAGGAGCUGGUGAAGCGGGUGCUACCCAUGUGCUCCAACUAUUCCACUGUAGUCAGGUUUAUAGAAGAGAAGGCUGCAUUUGAGUACGGCCUAGUGAACCACGCCCUGAGUGCUGCCAUGCGGACGUUAAUCAAAGAUUACAUGGUGCUGGUCGCUCAGCUGGAACACCAGUACAGGCUGGGCACGUUGAGCCUCCAGAAGCUGUGGUUCUACAUCCAGCCCACGCUGAGGACACUGGAGAUCCUGGCAUCUGUCUCCAACUCCAUCAACAGGGGUGAGUGUAUUGGAGGAGCCGUGCUCAGUCUGCUGCAUGAGAAGACGUCCACGCUGAUCGGUGAUGCUAAAAGUCAAGAGCUGUGCCUCUACCUAACACAGUCGGCUUGUGUUCCGUACUUCGAGAUCUUGGAGAAGUGGAUCUACAAAGGCAUUAUAUCCGACCCUUACACUGAGUUUCUGGUGGAGGAGAACGAGACCAUUCAGAAGGAGAAACUACAGGAGGAGUACAACGAUGCCUACUGGGAGCAGCACUACACCAUCUGUAGAGAGAGGAUCCCUGUGUUCCUGGAGACGAUGGCAGACAAGAUCCUCAACACCGGGAAGUACCUCAACGUGGUCCGACUCUGUGCUCGUGAUGUGAAGUGUCCGUAUGCCGAGGAGAUUGUGUACACUCUGAAGGAGAGGCGGUACUAUGACCAGAUAGAUAAAGCGUAUCACUACGCCAGCCGCCUCCUGCUCGACCUCCUCAUGGAGGAGAAGGAACUCAUGGCUCGCAUCAGGUCAAUAAAGCACUACUUCCUGCUGGACAAGGGCGACUUCAUGGUGCAGUUCAUGGACAUGACGGAGGAGGAGAUGAAGCAGAACAUCGAAGAUAUCAUGCCGACUCGUCUCGAGUCCCUCUUGGAGCUGGCUCUCAGGACAAGCACAGCAAACGUGGACCCCUUCAAGGACGACCUCAGAGUUGACCUGCUUCCCUACGACCUGAUCACACAGCUGUUCAAGAUCCUCACAAUCGACACCAAGCUCGAGAAGGACUACAAGGUGGACCCCACGGAUCUGCACCUGUCUGGGCUGGAGUCUUUCUCCUUCGACUAUGUGGUCAAGUGGCCAGUGUCUCUCGUGCUCAACAGGAAGGCGCUGACCCGCUACCAGAUGCUGUUCCGGCACCUGUUCUACUGCAAGCACGUGGAGAGGCAGCUGUGCAGUGUGUGGAUCGGCAGUAAGUCGGCCAAGAGUUCCUCCCUGCAGUGGUCUCGCUGGUACUCCUCCGCCUUCGCUCUCCGACAACGCAUGCUGAACUUUGUCCAGAACUUCGAGUACUACAUGAUGUUCGAGGUGGUGGAGCCCAACUGGCACAUCUUUGGGCACAACAUGGAGACAGUGUCGAAUGUGGACGAUGUGUUGGCGUACCACACAGACUUCCUCAACAACUGCCUGAAGGACUGUAUGCUGACGAACCCCGACCUGCUGAAGAUUGUCCACAAGCUCAUGAUGGUGUGUGUCACCUUCUCCAACUUCAUACAGAGGCUAAACCAGAGCACGUCGGUGGAGCGGGAGGUUGACCGUCUGACCCAGGCUACCCUCCAGGCCACUGGCAACGAGAGGAGGGAGGACUCCCAGAAGAAAAAGGCUGCUACCAAGGUUGUGACGGAACACGUGGAUCAGUUGGCCAGCAGUGAGAACUUUGAGCGGACGAUCCACAACUUUGACACCAACUUCUCCCGACUACUGGUGGACUUGCUGGAUAAAAUCAUGGAUUUCAGUAGCACAAACUAUGAACACAAGCUCUUCAACAUUCUGUACAGAUUGGAUUUCAAUGGGUUUUACACUGAGAGACUGGAGGCCAAGUCAGCUGAGAGGGUUCGUCUUGAUGCAUCCGUCAGUUCGGGGUCAAACUCGGUAGACGACUGAUUUAUACAAGCUGGUUCCUCGGGGUCAUGGCCCACGGCUACAUUCACCAGUCAGAGACCCGACACUGCCAGGUACGUCCCUGGCAUUCACAGGAACCUGCCCGGAGAAUCUUGAGAGUUGGGGAGUCCCCCAGGAUAAUUAUGGAAACGCUCUCUCCACAAUCUUGUACAGCAACAGAAGUGCCAAGUCUCCUCAUCAUCGCGUUUCAUGCCCUUACAUUUCAGAAUUGUGUGCCACAGACUAUUGUUAAACAACACAACCAACACGAGCUCAUAGUGACAAGCCUCUGUCAGGAGUAUGAUGAUGGACAUUGAACUUUUUGGGACUGAUUUCAUCAUCUGAAGGUCAACAAGUUCAAGGUCAAACAUGUUGAGGUCACAGACAUAUUUACAAUUUCCCCACUCUGAAAUAUGUCGGUGAGUUGGUAGGAGCUCUUUGUUUUUAUUAAAUCUACCAUGGCAUUUGGGAGUGGGAGUCUUUGUUUUGUAAUGGAGAAAAGUUGUUUGUUGCAUUGUUAUAUGAAGAUUUGUUAUGGCAUCACAGUCUGGUGUGUGAGUGUGGUGUUGAAUGCAUCACAGUCUGGUGUUGUGUUCAUGAGUCAGUUGUAAAGGUCAUGCAAUAAUGGUGAUAUUCCUGUUAUACCCCCUGAAGCAUUUGAUACUGUAUAUAUAUCCUAAUGUAUCUGCCACAAUGUAUAAUUUUGAAUCUCAGAGGAAAUUUGUCUCGGGAUAAUAAAACUCAAUUUGUUUUUCACAGACUUUGAACACCUUGGGUAAAAAUUAUCCCCUUCUGCUAAAGCGAAUGACAAGUAUGUUAGUUUUACUGUGCCUGAGAGGAUGUUUUAUAUUUUAAACCAGCCAUGAAAUGAGUAAGUGAGUACAGUUUUAUGCCAUUGUGAGCAAUAUUGUAACAAUAUCGUGGUGGGAGACACCAGAAAUGGGCUUUACUCAAUGUUCCAAUAUGGGGAAUCAAAAGAUACAAUGAGUACUGAAAACAGUACUUUGACCCCAAGUUACUCCGCAGGAUGUAUUAUCAGUGAAAGGUGAGUUCACUGGAACAGACUUUGCACCUUAUCAGUGUCCUGCCUGCUGUGUUGAGUCAUGUCUUGUAUAGAGAUAGGUGUGGACAAUAAAAGGACACUUUGUGACUCAACGAGGACCAACGUAAGAGACAGUGAACUACAAUUCAUUUCUCCACAACAGAUAGGCCACUAAUCUAAAAUCAUUCUCUUGAUGAAAAAGAGUGCACAUCCUGUAUUGAUGAUUCGUAAUGCAGUUUAACUUAUUUGAUUUCUUUAGAUUCCUUUUCAGUUUCCAACAGAGUAAUCAGUCAUAUAUUCUGAUGGAUAAUCCUGUGAAAAAUAUGUAUUUUAUGAAUUUGAGAUUGAUCAUAAAGUUACAUAAAUAGUGUCAGAAGUAUGGUACAGUCAAAUCAAAUUGAAGGCCUUUUGUGUGAUUGUGUCCUGAAUGUCAAGGCCUAUUGUGUGAUUGUGUCCUGAAUGUCAAGGCCUAUUGUGUGAUUGUGUCCUGAAUGUCAAGGCCUAUUGUGUUUCUGAAUGUCAAGGCCUAUUGUGUGAUUGUGUCCUGAAUGUCAAGGCCUAUUGUGUGAUUGUGUCCUUAAUGUCAAGGCCUAUUGCAUGAUUGUGUUUGUUUGUUCUUCAUUCACAGCUUUUGUUCCUGUUAGUCUGUGAAAGACAUUUUGAGAGUUACAUGAUUUUGCAUCUGAUCUGGUACAUGUCUUCAUAAAUAGACUAGGAUAAUAAUCUCUGAAAUAUUUUAUUAAAUGUGUGUCAGUUCAGUUGUAAACUGAACCUGUAUGAUGACCCCCCCCUCUGAACCUGCGGACGUGAUGGUACAGCAGUUACUAUGGUGAUGGGCUUCCUCCAUUAUUGACCAUAGUUUGCUUUCCCUGGUGCAGUGAAGUGUAACACAAAUAAAUAUGUUAAAACCAGCA